AAAAAAAAAACACAAACAACCACAAGAAAACCACAAAACCAAGAUGGCGGUGCAAGAGACAGCAUCUCAACUGUCCAUGGCUCUCAAAGUCCAAGAAUACCCCACCCUGAAGGUGCCCUACGAGACCCUGAACAAACGUUUCAGGGCGGCUCAGAAGAACAUUGACCGGGAGACAAGUCACGUGACAAUGGUUGUUGCGGAGCUAGAGAAGACGCUGAGCAGCUUCCCAGUGGUCGACUCUGUGGUGUCACUGCUGGAUGGUGUGGUGGAGAAACUCAGCGCCCUGAAGAGGAAGGCCGCAGAGUCCAUCCAAGCAGAGGAUGAGAGUGCCAAGCUGUGCAAGCGGCGCAUUGAACACUUGAAGGAGCACAGCAGUGACCAGCCGGCCUCAGUCAACCUGUGGAAGAAGAAACGCAUGGACCGGAUGAUGGUGGAGCAUCUGCUGCGCUGCGGCUACUACAACACAGCUGUCAAACUGGCCAAACAGAGCGGUAUAGAGGACCUGGUCAACAUUGAGAUGUUCCUUACUGCUAAGGAGGUGGAGGAGUCUCUGGAGAGGCAGGAAACGGCCACUUGCCUUGCCUGGUGCCAUGACAAUAAGUCCCGCCUCCGCAAGAUGAAGAGUUGUCUUGAGUUCAGUCUGAGAAUCCAGGAGUUCAUUGAGCUCAUCAGACAAAACAAACGCAUGGAUGCAGUCAGACAUGCAAGGAAGCAUUUCAGCCAAGCGGAGGGUGGACAACUGGAUGAGGUUCGGCAGGUGAUGGGCAUGUUGGCCUUCCCAUCAGAUACACAUAUCUCCCCAUACAAGGAUCUUUUGGAUCCAGCUCGCUGGAAGAUGCUGAUCCAGCAGUUCCGAUAUGACAACUACAGACUGCACCAGCUGGGAAACAAUUCUGUCUUCACUAUCACCCUACAGGCUGGACUGUCUGCCAUCAAGACACCUCAGUGCUACAAGGAGGAUGGUACCUCUAAGAACCCAGACUGCCCAGUUUGCAGUAAAUCCCUCAACAAGUUGGCCCAGCCUCUUCCGAUGGCCCAUUGCGCCAACUCCAGACUAGUCUGUAAGAUCUCUGGAGAGGUCAUGAAUGAAAACAACCCACCAAUGAUGCUGCCUAAUGGAUAUGUCUACGGCUACAAUUCACUUCUGUCUAUCCGCCAAGAUGACAAAGUGGUGUGUCCCAGAACCAAAGAAGUCUUCAACUUCUCUCAGGCUGAGAAAGUCUACAUCAUGUGAUCACUCAGAUAACCCGUCUGAGUAUUAACAUGAUCGAAUACGGCGCCGUCAUCCAUCACCUGUGACCGGGCCUACUCAGAGAGCCACCUUUGGAGCUGUGAUCCAGUGCCCUUCUUCCCCCCACAGACACACCCGACAUUUCCCAAAAACUCCCCUUCAUAAUACAUGAUCAGCUCAAGUUCCCUUCCCCCUCCAAUGUUAUCACACAGAAACUGGGAUCCUCUCCUUUGGGACUGUUUUAGAUGUGGCUUGAGAACAAGAAGUUGGUUGAUGUGAUCCAUUCAAGCACAUGGACUAUCAACAUUGUGAUUAUUUUAAAGGCCCUCGCUGUGAAGUUUAGAGACUACAGAAAAGAACUGAGGGUGUUGAAAAACUGCUAGGUAGAUAUUUGAUUUUAUUACAACAAAUAAAAACUUGUUGAGGUUACUUUGACUUUUCACUAGUGGUGUUCCUUUGUUACUAAAAUAAUGUGUCAGGACUGUGUUAACUCGCUCCAUUAACCAGAUUAACACACGGGCCUUUUUCAAAACAAACAUGGCCGGCCUUCUGGUCAUGUGGUAGCAUCUCAUCCCGUGAUGCAUGCUGUAGACAUCCUUUGUCUUCUAGUUUUUUGGCUGGUUGUUUGGGGGGUGGGGAGGGGGGUUUAUGUUGAAUACCUCCUUUAAACUGCCUAUCUUUUUGCAUUUCAUCCCCCCCUUGGUUGUGAAACCGGAGCCUCAUUUGGGCUGCAGCAGGCUCCUUUUUCAAAUGUAAAUAUUAGAUAGGAACUCAUCAUCCUCAUGUAUAAAUGCAGGGAUUUUGGGGACAAUUAACGACAACGAAGAUUAACCUUCUACGACAAUUGCUGUGUGAACCGAACAAGUCUUUUUUUGGGUGUUGUAAACCUGAUAUAGCUCAGAGUAUCCUCGAGAUAACCGUAAAACUUCCUUUUUCUGAGGACACAGUUAGUUUCACACACUUGGUAAAAUUACAUUUUGGUGUAUUUGCUACAAUAAUGGAAAUUUACGCAAUAUUCAAGACAACCAUCUUUGAUGUGUUUUUUAAAUUUUAUUUAUCAAAUUGUCUUCCUUUUUGUGUGUGAGAUUUGCCAUUUUCACUUCUAUAAAAACCUAUUCUUUCUUCAGCUUAAGUGGUACAGUUAAUUGAAUUAUAUUUAUUCUGUUGAAGAUGAAGCCCAAUGUUUUUUUAAGUCAAGUCAACAUUUCCCAAAUAGUUUGAUUUCAUAACUAUUUUUCCAACAAUGAAAAGAUAAUAAAGAGAAAGGAUGUGCUGAUACUUUUCAGUCUUGUGCUCUGCGUGUGAUAAAGCACCAACACUCUUCAGGGUUUACGUAGCAUUAAAGAGAAACCGACUGUUUCAACAUAACGUAGUUCCUUAACACCUGCCUUUAUCUAAAAAUAGGGGGUUCACAAGAUCAAUUUUAAUUGAAAAUCAAAUGGAAAAAGCUUCCAAUUGCAGUUAGUGAAAGUAAAAGCAGAAACCCCAAAUUGACAAUUGGAUGAUAUGGCCUUGAGUGUAAUAUAUUCCAAAAUAUCGAAAUAUAUCACACUUAAUGCCCACCUUUUAUACAAUAUUUGGAAAAUGUUAAAGGCAGUUUCCUAGGACAUAAAACCAUGAUAUGUUGUUGAUCUUUAUCAAUCAAGACUGUAGAAUUAAUGCAAAUUCAAAAUUUAAAUUAAAUUAAAUUGUGACCUAAAAAUCUAAAUUCUUAUCGAAUUGUGAAUUUGGAUAAUCAUGACACCCCUAUUUUUUUUAUGCAUUAGUAGUUGGGUUGAAACCUUGAGUUGUCUCUUGGUUAAACAUUCCUUCCUCUUCAUGCAAACUUCACGGAAAACUUUUGGUCGUCCUCUGACUUUAAAACCUACUGUAGUUUAUGGCCGGACUGGAUUUGUGUUCACAGGCCUUGAAAGUUUUCAGGCAUAUAGCAGUUUAAAUACAUUGCACACAUGUCCUCCUAGACAUAACCAUUUGUUUUUUUUUUGCUUUGAGACCUGUGAUUUCAACAUGUACACAAGCUGGACUUCAGUGACGACUAACGCACAAAUAACCUGUAACUUGUGACGACUUAACCCCACAACUAAGCAACCCAAAAAAAAUGCAGUUUCAUGUUGAACAUGAUCAGUCUUGUGGUCAAUCAUUUCUUCCAUUUGUUGUUUCUUGACAAACCAAAAGUUGCCUCAUUUGUGUCCAUAACUGAUUUGGGAACUGUAUCUGUAAAGACACAGACUGUCCUGUGUAUUUGUGUUGGUAGACUAGAUAAAGGGAUUGUUUCAUGAGCAAUAUGCCUCAUAAAGAUUUCAGUGAACUUUU